AAAAAUAAAGGUCAAUCAUAUAAAACCCAGCAGACGGUAACACACAAGAGGAGGAAGAGGAGCAGCAGCUGAGUGCAGUGCAGAGCACAGCAGACUGCAGAGCCCCGCCAUCUUGCCCGCUAAGAUGUUGUCCCGUCUGGCUGCUCGAACUGUACAGGAGGUGCGGCCCCUGGUGCUGGUCAGGCCCACCAGCACCUCAGCUGUGCAGAGAGCUGAGCAGAGGGAUGAGGUCAACUUCCCACGCCCAGUGCGGCCCGUGGAGCCCGGCAAGGUGCGCCUUGGCUUCCUCCCUGAGGAGUGGUUCCAGUUCCUCUACCCCAAGACUGGUGUCACAGGUCCCUACGUGCUGGGUCUGGGCCUCACCACCUUCCUGUGUUCCAAGGAGAUCUAUGUGAUGGAACAUGAGUACUACACCGGCAUCUCCAUCCUCCUCAUGGUGGUCUAUGCUGUCAAAAAGUUCGGACCUGUCAUCGGCCAGACUCUGGAUAAGAGGAUUGAGGAUAUUGAACAAAGCUGGCGGAACUACAGGGAAGGCAGCAUCCAGCAAGUCCAGGAUAAUAUUGAGAAGGAGAAGGAAUCCCAACUCUCUGCCAAGGGCCAGGACAUGCUCUUUGAUGCCAAGCGGGAGAACGUGGCCCUCCAGCUGGAGGCCGCCUACCGAGAGAGGCUGGCCAAGGUGCACUCUGAGGUAAGGAGGGAGUGGUGGUGGUAGGCAGGAGAGGAAGGG